AUGUCAAGUAAACUUGAAUUAAUUUACCUUCUGAAAGUUGUGUUCUAUUUUGACACUAAAGAACAAUUACAGCGGUUUAUAUGUGUAAACAAAACAUGCGAAGACACUAUUAAAGCCCUCAAAGUCUCUCCUGUAUUUAUAAACACGAUCAGUUACGUUUGGUUUACAAAGCACUUUACACCAGACACCAUCAACUUUGGCUCAAGAAAUGUCUCUAUUUCAAGCUUUAUGGACAACAUUACUUACAUCCGUUUCCCAUCGUUUAUUACAGACUUUUUAAACGGUACUUUAACGAAGGAAACCCUCCAGAAAAUUCUUCCUAAAAUCACUUCUUUGAGAUUUAUAGACAAUGAUGAGAAUGACGCCGAUAUAAAUUCUUUAAUAUUAGAAAACGCGAAAUAUUUGACUCACUUACAACACUUAGAGGGAGACAUAGAGUGUAUAACAAAAUUCAUAGAAAUCUACACUGAAUAUGGUCAAGAAAAGUACAUCAAACUUCCUAAUAAAAUAGUGAUUCAGUCUUCUCAAAAAUACCUUCUUCGACUCGACGAAGUCACUUAUAAUAAGUUGGAGCGCAUUCAAAAAUGUUUCUUUAACAGUGGGAACACGACUAUAUAUAUAGUGUUCUCCACUGUUUCUUCUCCACUAAUGUACCAACGCUUUUCUCAAUUCAAAGACUUUGUAUUUUACUCGCGAUGUUACUCGAAAGAAACAUCAAAUUUUUGUCAUGAGAACUUGUUUGUCGACAGUGGAAAAUUCAUAAUCAACGGCGAAGUCAAUUCAAGUGAUGCCAAUACAAUUUUAGAGAAGAUGUACUGUGAGAAGGUUAUACAAAGUGAAGUGUAUCAAACAUACCAAAAGUGGGAUGUCUCAUCUAUUGUCACACAUUUUUCAUUACAAAAUUCUUUUUCCCUCAACGAUGCAGUGGCAAUUAGUUUCUCUGCUAAUAUACAAAAUGUCAUCUUCCUUGAAAUUUAUAACACACAGAAUUUCUAUUUCUGUGACACUUUUUGGCACCUCGAAACUUUGAUAAUUAACAGGGGAAUGAAUAUCGACUUCAGACAAAAUAGCGCCUUUAAAGCUCUCAGAGAGAUGUAUGUGCUCUUCUCAGGAAAUGUGCUGAUCGGUUCUGAAUUCUGUGACGACAAAGUCGAAAAAUUUACAAUAAUUCUUUCCACGCAAGUAUUUGUCAAAAACACUGUCACACAACAUGGAAAGAUCAACAUUUUUGCGUCUUCAGAUAUCAAAUUUUUGGACCAGAAAAUCGACAAAAUCAAAUUUUACGCAGAGGAAAUCGAGAAAGUUGAAUUUUACGAAAACGCAGAAGAACGACUUUUUCUUGAGAAGGAAAGCAUUUUUAAAGUACCAACGAAAAUUGACAAAAUCGAAAAAAACAAAAAUUUUGAUAACGUCGAAAUUGUACUGAACGAAACCCUGGCAUUAUCCAAAGUGUUUCAAAUGCGGAAAUUGAUGGUUUUAACGCCUUACCUCCACAUCAAAAAGCACAAAUUUUACAUAGACGAGACGCAGCGGAUGUACGAAGAGAUAUCAUUGCUUUUCUCUCGCAAUUUUUAUGAUGUGAAAUCGACAGAACCGUUCAGAUAUCAUUUCAAUGGCAAAGAAGUCAUUGAAAGUCGCUUAGUUCGAUACUUUGAGUUAAGUGUCGGGUUAAGUCUCAUUUCCGUUGGUAUAGUCGACCAAAAUGAGUACUCAGACGUCGAUAAUUGUCACGUGGGAUGGCGGGGGAAGUCGAUUGGAAUACACUCGGACGACGGAUGCAUUCGUUCGCCCUUUUUACCAAAUGACAUCCUUGAGAAGAAACACCUCUCUUUUGGAGCUGAGAUAGGCAAAAUCAAUUGCGUGGGGUGUGGGGUGUAUCUGAACAAAGAAGGUGCAAAUGUCCUGUUUUUCACUAUCAAUGGAAAGAUUGAAGAAGUCAUAAAGAUCGAUUUCAAUCUUGUAGCCGUUGCUAUUGGUGUCGAGGAAUUUUCGUAUUUGGAACUGAAUGAUGGGAGUAAAAAAGAUUUUAAGUUCGACUUACAUACAGUAAUUAAGAAUUAA